UGCUACCCUCAUUAUUUUUUCCAUAGAGGCCAAUGUCACGUGACUGUUGCUCUGGACAACGCUGACAAAUUGAGUGCGUACCAGAAGAAAGAAUGGCUGAUAUCAUUCAGAAAGGAGACGAGCUUGGGCGUAUUCUAGUGCAGGUGCAGAAUGAUUUAACUGAGCUGAGGAAGAGCCUGGGGCGAACACACCACGACGGGACUGUGGAUGUUCAGGCUCUCGAUUCGGCGAUACGCAGGACCGAGCACGGCAUUAAGAGCCACACAGAGGAGUUUUUAAAGAUAGCAAAUAAUCAAGUACUGACACUCCCCAUUAUUGAACACACUGAGAAGAAAACAAGAAAGAUUGCCAAAUGGCAACCACCCACUGAAUCCAUCCCAUACAUUCAUCCUCGGAAACAUCUGACUGCUGGAGCAUCUCCCGGAGAGAAGCAUAAGGCAGCGUCUACAUUGCGUGUUCUAUACAACCCUGACCACCCAAAACACAGAGAGCUGAUGCAACAGAACUAUGGCAUUCAACUUCCCGAUUUGUUCAAGAAACCUGGGCCAAAUGUGGGAACACAGAAAAUCACAAGCUCUACUGUAUCUGUUGUGUGUAUAGACCAAAACAGAACCCUCAUCCCUGCAUAUCCUCUCUGUGAGCAGGACAAGAAAGCAGGACUUGGCAGUCACUUAGGAGAAUGUCUACUACCCUCAGCAGCCAAACACAGUCUGGUCAAAAGCCUUUUAAUGCCCCAGUGCCAAAGCGAGGACAGCAGCCAUUAUAAAAUGGGGAAGCAGCAGAGGGACACGAGACAAAUUAAGGAUAAUACUUCCAAAACCAUUAGUCCUGAAUACCCAUCCAUUUGGACCACACUGACUCCGCCUCCCACUGCUGCCUCCAGUAGCAGACUUCUUUCUCCUGGACCAGCAGGAUUUAUGCCACUCAACUCUCAGUGUGCUUUGGCAUUACCAGCUGCUCCCAGUAGUCAACACUUCUUCAGUAUAGUGGAGGGUCGAAUUGAUCCAAGUGCAGCCGACUUCUGCGCUUUUAAGGAGCACUAUUGUCUAAGUUGGAGCACUUUGCAAGCGGCGUUGUGGCAGCUGGAGCGGCUGCUGUGCCAGUUCGCUGUGCCUCAUGCGUUGGUGUGUGGCGAUCGACUUGUGGCCCUGGCGCUGAGAGCUGAGCUAUGGUGGGGAAGGGCGGAAUGCCUCCUCUCUGCUCUGGAAAACAGAGACGAGGUGCUGGAGUUUAUGCAGCAGCCUGGGCAGCGCUACAAGGGUGAGGGUGGCCGCCGGGCAGCUGCUGUACGCAUUCAGGCCUGCUGGAGGUGCUAUCGCACUCGCACUGUCUACUUGCACCAACAGCGUUGCAAAUGGGCAGCCAGAACUAUCGCUGUUUCUUGGCUAUUGCACGCCCGAAUGAGCCGUGUCAGGAAGAGCCUACAGGCCACCCGCCUACGUCAAAUGGAGAAUUUUCACAGUCGAGCAAAGCAUUUGGCCAACAACUGGGAACAUCUUAUCACCUCUAAGAGGACCAUUAUUCAUUUACCCUCAUUAGGAUACUCGGAGCAACAGCGGCACAGCCUAAAAAGUUUUGACAUAUUGCAGAACACUCAGAUGGGUCGGCUCUGUGACAUUAGAGAUAAGAACGUGGAGGUGAUAUAUGUGUGUCCGGUACAUUUGGGAGAGGACUUGAUCCACUACUACACUCAUCUGUUGGCCCUGAAUGGAACUGCUGAGACCGGAAAUCCCACACCUUCCAUUGCCAAAAGUUUCACCAUCCUCACACCUGAGGCACAUCAGCACUUUUCAGGUCACUGCAUGUGUGUGUCCACGUUGCUGAAGUACAGCCCACACACUUUGCGCCGUAUUAAGAACUUGAUCCAGGGGAAGCAGGCCUAUUUAGUAAGUGCUGUACCCCACAUGGAUGAUCUGGCUGUGGCUGAUGAGUUAGGAGUGCCAGUCCUAGGCCCGGAGCCUGCUGUGGCACAGCUCUAUGGCACAAAGUCUGGAAUCAGGAGGAUAUUCAGCAGCAGCGGUGUUAGCAUGCCCCCAGGACAAGCUGACAUAUACACACUGCAGCAGUUGCACGAGUGUUUUGCGCAGCUGAUGACAGAUCAUUUAGAGGUACAGCGUUGGCUGUUUAAGAUAGAUGACGAGUUCGGUGGCCGUGGCACAGCCUACUGUGAUGUCUGUCAUGUGAGUUUCCGGCCCUGGGCUUUGGAGGAAUGUAAUCGUCAUGGAGCACAGAUGUGGAGAAUGGCAUGGGCUCAGGAACGAGUGCUAAGAAAAUAUCUGGAGGUGGUACCUGUUCUUUUGGCCACUCAUGCCAAGCCCUGUGACACAUCCUGCUAUCCGACCUGGAGCUGCUUCUUGGAGCACCUUCUCAAAAAAGGUGGCGUGAUCGAGGCUUACCCUCCUAUAAAUAGUGUGACCUGUAUGUCCGUGGAUCUGCUGGUGGAGCCAGGCGGAGGAGUACGCAUGCUAUCGUGUGGAGAUCAGCUGCACGGGCCUGGUUUUCUGCAGGUAGCAGGCUUCACUGUACCACAGAGUUCUGUUUGCCCUGAUGUCCUGUACUCCAUCUGCAUGCGGAUAGGCAAAGCCUGCCAGGAGCGGCACAUCCUGGGUCAUUUUUCCCUGGACCUGGUCACCUUCCUAGAGCCUGGCACACUGGAAAAGCAGGUGUGGGCUGUUGAUCUGGAUCUUGGCUACAGUAACCAGCUGGCUAUGACCCAGAUCAUGCUCCACAUGACAGGAGGAACGCUAAACUGCCACGCAAGUCGUCUGGAGGUUCCUUCUCCAGUCCGAAACAGCAAACCCGCUGCACGCCAGAGAGCUCGAGCAUCUGAUUCUUCAGCGCCAGCAUCAAGUCAUUUUGCAGUGAUGAGCAGCCGGCUUUUUCAUACCAACCUCUCUAUGGUCCACUAUAGUGUGUUCUUCCAGAUGUGCAAGGCACAUGGCAUAGGAUUUGACAUUAAGGCAAGAGAAGGCUCUGUGUUUGCUCUCCAUGACAGUGCAGAAAGGAGCAGCCUUGGCAUGGUAACAAUCUCGCCAGAUCUCCAGGGAGCACUGCUGACCUUUGCUUGCAACCUAACUGUCAUUCAUCAAGAAAUAUCAGCCUCAAAUAUGCAAGGAGAGACCAAUUUUAAGGAGCUAAUCAAGAAUAUAAAGCAGGUGCUGAAUGUAAUCACCCAGAACAGAGACAAGAAGCCGAAAGAAAAUGAGAAAUCUGCAGAUGUUUAAAUUUUCCUUUUUUUUCUGUUAAACUCAACACAUUUACUGCACAUCUGCAUCCUGUUCCUCUUAGUUAUGGUGCCAUACAUAUGCCAUAUAUUCACCCUAUUUCCUUGAAAUUAAUAACAAAGCGAUAAUAAGUUGAAAUGUUAAAUAGAUCAGUGAAUUAUGAAUUGCUAUGUCAUUCCUUUGUCCCUAAGUCUUGGUAUUUUCAGUCAGAGAUGUGUGUAUUUACUCUUAUUAGAUGACACAUCUGAGGAAUUGCCUAAAAAUGUGCUUUGAGUAACAGAUGUCUGCUAAAUAACAUAUAUAGGCAAAAAUGACUGAUAGUAACAUAAAUGGAAACAAGAACAUAAAUAAAAACAAAUGAUACCCAUUUUAAACAG